UAUCAUAAAUAUGGUUUUCUUUGGCCUAAAUAAUAAAUGUGGCUAAAACUGACAGUACUAUAAUCAGGAAAGAAUAGGCAAUCCUGUCUAUCGCGUCCACCUCCCUUGAAAAUUAAGACGACCGAAUAAAAGAAGGCUAAGAAAAGAAGGAAGACCAGAAACGAAACGCAGAGACGAAGAGAAGCAGUAAAUGGUGAGGGAAUUAAAUUCAAAUCUGCCUCAGGAACUGUUGGAGGAUAUACUCUCAAGGCUUCCUUACAAAUCAUUGUUGCGAUUCAAGUGCGUCUGCAAGUUCUGGUACGCUCUCUUCACCGACCCCAUUUUCCAAGCCCUUCACGUCUCUCAUUUCAUCAAACACCACACCUUCGGUAACAGCGUGAUCCUCAGGCUCUCUUUCCCCACUACGUCCUAUGGCCUGCCCAUGCAAAAUUACAAACUCUUUUCCCUUUCUAGCAACGAUUCUUCAGUUGAUGAUACCUUGUUGCCCGAAGUCAAACUUCUUUCCACCAAAUUCAGAAUCUCCGGUCACUGUAAUGGUAUACUCUGUUUGUCAGGAGGCUAUUGGUCUCAAUGUAACGAGGUUAUUUUGUAUAACCCAGCGACCAGAGAAUUCAAAUGCCUUCCUGAUUCCAAUAUGCGGUCCAAAUCAUCGUUUGCUUUAGCUGUUGGAUUGGGAUAUAAUUCCCAAACGGAUGAUUACAAGGUUGUGAGGAUUUGGACGGUGGAUACUGGUGUGUAUACAACGAAUCGCGUGGAGAUGUAUUCUCUGAGCACUGAUUCAUGGGCAAGACUAUACAAUAGCAACACUAGGGAUUUUGAUUUUGAAGAUGAUUGUUUCGCCUUGUUCUUCAAAGGAACGUAUUACUGGUGGGGUUUUAAACGAGGAGACAAGUCGACAAUUAUCCUAGGACUGAAAAUGGGAGACGAGGUUUUCCACAGAGUGUCUGCGCCAGAUAACGUGGAUAUCAGAAAACCUGAUCGCAGGUCUCUGGCUGUGUGGAAAGAAUCAAUCUCUUUGAUUUGCUGUUCUGGUUCAGGUCUGAACAUGUCGAUUGACAUAUGGGUGAUGAAGGGAUUUGGUGCUCAGGGUUCAUGGACCAAGAUGCAGAGCAUAAUGAAUCUGUUAGAAGAACCCAAGCCUCUGGUUUUCUGGAAGGAAGAUGAGCUUCUUUUGGAAACGUGUGGUGGGGAGAUUAAGUCUUACAACGUUGUAACUCAAAAGAUUAAGAAUUUGAAGAUAGAGGGAAACCCAGUCCUGAACUCAGCUCAAGCCGUAAACUAUGUGGCCACUCUGGUUUCAAUCAAGGGGGGUAGUUGCCUAGCAUGAUGUGCAUAUUUUCUUCUUCUCUUUGCUCUGUUCUUUGUCCAUUUUUCUUUAGGAUGCUCUGUUUUACUCUUACCGUUACCAAAUAGGCUAAUUAUCGUUGGCUUGUACUGUACAGGACACCCUGUCAAUGAAAUGGUGGAUUUGUAAUUGUACACAUCUCAGCCAAGAAGUGUCAAAUGUUAGUAACUUUUAAUGGAUGAAUAAAUAAUGGAAUUGUAUCGGACUGAACUUAA